AUGGGAAAGUAUCGUGGGGGUUUUGCAUGGCAAAGCGAUCCAGAUCAUCAAUUCAAUUAUCAUCCCGUAUUUAUGACAGUCGGAAUGAUCUUUUUUUAUGGUGAUGCUAUUCUUGCCUAUCGUGUAUUUCGUGGUGUGAAAAAAAUUCAAGUGAAACUUUUACAUGCAUCAUUACUGGCAUUAUCUCUGAUAUUCGCUAGUAUAGGCUUGAAAGCUGUUUUCGAUUCACAUAAUUUAGUUGAGAAAGGUGUUCAUCUUAUUUUAUUUUCAUAUCAUUUCAGUCUCCAUUCAUGGGUUGGUUUAGCAGCUGUUGUGUUAUUCGGAAUGCAAUGGGUGUGUGGUUUUGUAUCAUUUUUGUUUCCCAAGUUAAGUGAAGAUUUACGAAAAGCAUACAUGCCGUCACACAAGUUCUACGGAAAGGCAAUAUUUAUCUGCGGAAUCUCAGCUGCUCUAAUGGGAAUAACUGAAUUAGCUUGUUUUGGCAAAAUUUAUCCUGCUGAUAAAACGCAACGAACGAUUAUUAAUUUGUUUGGUGUAUUAAUUAUAAUAUUUGGAAUUAUAAUUAUUUAUCUAGUCGCAAACCCAGGUUAUCAACGGCCACCUGACGAUCAAAAUGAACAUGUGCAGUUGACCAAUUAA